AAUUUCCUCGAGAAUUCUGUGUUCUGUUCUUUGCAUUUUCAGGGCAGCCAAUAUUACAAAACGUUUCCCCAGCACAGGAAUCGAGCUCAUUCUCUAACGCUCUGCCGGUGGCUGGUUGGGGUCUCACCCUCCCUGCUCUGCCCGCACAAGGUGCACAGGAGAGGCCCCUUUCUCCACGCACCGGGGGCGGUGGAAGAGGAACAUGGAAACAUGGAAAGGAACAAUACAAACAGCAUUUGCAUUUGCGGAAAGGCUCCGUCCAUCGCUGCAUUGUGCGCGGGCCAAAGCCUCCAUCACAUGAGUCCUUGUGACCCAUCCUCCGGCUGCCCACCUCUCCGUGCCGCUGUUUGCGCCUGCCGUCCCGCCGCCGCCGGGGCCGUCCCCGCGUCUCACCGACAGCGGCGGGGCGGGGGGCGCCGCGUCAGGCACGGGCAGCGCCUCCGGGGCAGAGUCGGAACGUGGGGGAGGAGGAGGAAAAAAGCGGAACCGUUCGGCUGCCGCCGUCCCGUCCCACCGCGGGGUCGCACCGAGCGCGGCCGUGCGGGGCUUUGCGGGGCUGCGGGUCCCUCUCCCGGGCUCCGUGCAGGAGCGAACGCAGCACGGAGCGCUUCGGACGUUCCUCCUCCAAACGCGGAGCCUCGUCCGAGAGCCGGGCGCGGGCGAUCGGGGCGGACCCGGGGAACGUCCCCGGCCUGUCGCGGAUCUCAGAGCCGGUCCGAAGCCCCGCGGCCGCCGGAGCCGUUCCACCCGCACCGUGCCCCGCGUCCACAUCACUGCACGGCAGCGCGGAGCCGGGGCCGUGGUGCGCUGCCCGUGGAGGUGUGGAUACGUGCCGCGCUGCACACUGAGCUCUGUGCUGUGUCUGUGUGUGUAGGCGGCACCGCGGACGGAUGCGUACCCAGCCCUGGACGCAGCGCAGUCGGGACACCCCCGGACCGAGCGGCCGCGCCGGGGCGGAGCGGGGCGGGGCGGUGGGAGGGGGCGGGAGGGAGAUCGGAGCGCGGCGGGACGCGCAGCGCAGCGCAGCGCACACAGCACCGCGCACAGCACCGCGCUCAGCACCGCGCUCAGCACCGCGCACAGCUCCGCUCCAUGAGCCGCCGCCGACGGGGGGGGGGGAGCGGCGCUGACCGCUGCGCCGGGAUGUGA